UAUUGAUACUCGUAAUACGAAAUGGACAGGCUCACCUACAAAGGACCAAGAAAGAGAGGCAUUAUUUUCAUCGACUUGUGUUCAUAGCAACACCAUAGCAUUGCUGUUAUCCUCAGGUGCUCAGUUAAGCCCAUUGCCAUCUCUGGUAAUGUCUACCAAUCGACCUAAAUCUUCUGUUCUACCUACUUCUCACUCUAAACCAACUCAUCUCUUACCUGUUCUGAAUUUUGUUACGACACCUAGAACUCAAUCCGUUCCAGUAUCCAUGCCACUCAAUUUCUUCCAAAACUCGGUUCUAAUUGCUCCAAGCCCAACUACUCAACCAAACCACUCAAUAUCUAGUUGUCAUCCUAAACCUUCAAGUUCAACAACACCUACCUGCACUACAUUCUCUGAUUCAAUACAAGCAGCAUCUAUGCCAAAAUAUAUCUCUGCUACAGUUACAUCAACUAGUUCUACUAUUACAAGCUCUUCACUAGUUCCUGUAUUGAGUAGUCAUCCUAAACCUUUACUUUCUAUGACAUCUACAACUAUACACUCUGAUUCGUUAUUAACCAUCUCUCAUCAGAGAAACAGUUCUUUUCCAGUAACAACUAAUGCUCCUAUUCCAUUGCCUUAUUCUACAUCUUCAAUUCCUUCUCCAGUAAUACAAGAAACAAAUACUUGUCCACCAUCACCUGUAAAACCAUUGUUAGUCACUGACAUUGAGUCUGAAGCUUGUCCAUAUGAUUUAACAGAUAUAUUGCCACCAGUUAGUCCUGAAAAAUUAUGGGUGAAAAUUGGAAAAAUGGAACUAGACAUUUGUUGUAAAGAUAUAAUUCAGAAAGGGGAAUGGCUUGCAUCCACAAUUAUAGAUGCAGCACAGAUGCUAUUAAAGAGUCAAGAUACAACUAUUAAUGGUUGGCAAUCACCUGAGAUUGGGAGAAAGUAUGAGUUUCGACCAACAAAAUCUCCGCUUAUACAGAUUCUAUUUGUAAAUCAAAACCACUGGGUGGUUGUCUCAACACUUCAAUGUGAACCAGGCACAUUGAAUAUUUAUGAUAGUGCAUAUAAUCUACUUCGGCUCGAUACUAAGUUGCAGAUUUCCUCUUUUUAUAAGGCAGAAACGUGUGAAAUAAAAUAUAACUUUCAAGACAUUAAGAGGCAAUCAAAUUGUCAUGAUUGUGGUGUAUUUUCAAUAGCCAAUGCGACUGCAUUGGUAUUGGGUAAAAAUCCAGCCUUAUACAACUGGGAUGUGAAAAGAAUGAGACAACAUCUAAUAAAUUGUUUUGAAAAGGGUCAACUCACUUUCUUCCCAUAUACUACACUUCGUCGGAUAAAAGCAGAUUUCACUAAGAGGACAGACACAGAGAAGGUGUACUGCUUUUGUAGAACAAUCAAUAACCCAAAGAAAGCAAUGAUUCAGUGCAGCACAUGCAGAGUUUGGUUUCACAUUGAGUGUGUAAAAGCAGAAGACAUUGACAAUAAAUGGCAUUGUAAAAAUUGUUUAUAAAAUGCCAUUUUGGAUAACCUGUAUAUACAUCCUUAUUAUUGUUUA